AUGGGCGACGACAUCCUGCAGGGCGUAGCCGAGCUACGGCCCGUCACCCCUCAGGCACGCUCACGUGCCCUGAACCUCCUACUGAAGGAGGCGAGCCGCAUGUUCCCGUCGCCCCAGGCCAGCCAAGAUGGGACAUCUAAGCGGCUCUCGCCCACCUUCUUCAAAGGAGCCGCUCGGAGAACCCGCGGUGCCCGCAGGAUCCCGCGGCGGCACCCCACAAAGACCGAGCUGCAAAGCCCGGCCGAACGGGACGACACCACCCCAUCAUCGUCGUCCCCAACAAGCAGCUACGCGAGCUCCUCGUCGCCAGCUGACGGCGUCGACUCCGCCGCAUCAUCGUCGUCCAGCAGGCCGUCGUCUCCCUUCGACGUCUCCUCAACCUGCUCGCCGGCAGCCUCCCCCCUGGUCCCCGGAGGCGAAACAGGGGAAGACACCGAGCCCCCGUCUCCUACCGAGGGGGACCUUGGAACCCCUGAGCGACCCCAACCCCGCGACAGCCGUACGCCGUCACCUUCCUCUGCCCCACGCGGGGCGGCGGUGGCGGACGGCACUGCGGGACACGACGUUCCGGAUCUCGGACGUCCCCCCACCGCCCCGCUCGAUGGCGAGCACACGCCGGCCGCCGAGUCACUGCCGCGAGCGGCUGUGGAUGAAGGCGCGGGCGGGCGUCAUGGCGAACCUGUCCCCGACAACGAGAGCAGCACCCCCCCCCCCCCCCCCCCCGAGCGCCGGCUACCUAGUCCUUCCCGCGGGUCGACGGGCGGACAGCGCCGCGGGGCAACAACAGCACGGCACUUCUCCAUCCCUGCCACCCAUCCCCGAGGUCGCCGAGCCAGAGGGGAGCCGAGCCCCGUGCACUAUCGACACAGGCAGCAGCCCCACGACUUCUAUAGUCGGAUACAACUUUAG